AUGGAAAAGAUACCGCCACUAGGUGUGGUGGAGAUACACACGGCCGCGACGGCCGCGACGGCCCAAGGGGACGACCCAUCUUCGUCUGCGCGCGCCGAAGACGUGUCGGAAGACGACUUCACCGUCUCCAUUGCGUCGGGCCCUACUUCGCGCAUGACAGGCCAGUGGGAUAUUGCUUCGGCGUGGGGGGCCAACGGCGGAAAAAAAUCGCCCUCGUCGCUCCUCAAAACAUCCACCACGAUCAAGUUCGACGAACGCUUCCCCGACUCGGCGGCGCCGCCGACCGUGCUGGCGUGGUUCUACAGGCUUAGCCUCGGCAAGGACGCGGCGUGGCGGGUCAAGACGACGCCCCGGACGCGAGCCCGUUCAAGUUCCGGCUGCACGGGGGGCACCAACAUCGCGGGCGGGUCGUUCUGCACCGACGACAUUCCCGGCCCCGAGAACGCUGGCGUCGUCGACUUCAGCGCCGCUGCGUACCGCGCCGCGCCGGCCGUCACGAUGGCCAUUAGCGGCCUCGAAUACGAGUGCGGCCGCAACCUGCGCCUGCGCGUCAGCCACUCGUCCCUCUCCAAGGACGCCAUGACGUGGCAUCUCGAUAGCUGGCUGGGUUCCGCCAUGAACACGGCGACCGGUGUCUAUGUGGCCGUUUGCCCGCCCGUCAUUGAUGAGAACUGA